CCCUUCUCCCCCCCCUCUCCCUCUUCUUCUUCUUCUUCCUUUCUCACUCUUAAAUUUCCUCUAAUGGCUGCUACAACUUUGAAGCUUAAUUCAAUUCCCAAUCAUGUCACAUUUUUUGAAACAACUCGUCCUAUGUCGCAUUCUUUUGGACAAGUAUCCAUACCCAGAAAAUCCGAUACUAAUGUUUCUUCUUCUUCUUCUUCUUCUUCAUCGUCGUCGGCUUCUCGACGGUUAUCGGUUUCGUCUUCUUCAGUAUUAGUACCGUUGAUGGAUGUAUUUUCUUCUUCUUCUUUUUCUUCUUGUUCUACGGCUGCUGCGGCUGCCAUGGUUCAAAAAGUGGCCAGUUUGGCACGCUUGUGGAGGCAGAUUCAUGGCUGCAAUGACUGGGAAGAUCUCGUGGAGCCCACGCUUCACCCGCUUCUACGGCGAGAAAUUAUCCGCUACGGCGAGUUUGUAACGGCUUGUUAUAAGGCUUUUGAUCUUGAUCCCAACUCUAAACGCUAUUUGACCUGCAAAUUUGGGAAGAAGAGUUUGUUGAAGGAAGUGGGUUUGGAGAGUUCAGGUUAUGAAGUAACUAAAUAUAUCUAUGCUACUCCACCGGAUAUUAAUAUUCCUCCCAUCCAAAACUCCCCGCCAUCUUGCGGCCGAUGGAUCGGGUACGUUGCGGUUUCUUCCGACGAAACCAGCAAGAGACUUGGGCGACGAGAUAUAAUCAUUACUUUCAGAGGUACCGUCACCAACCCCGAAUGGAUUGCUAAUCUAAUGAGCUCCCUCACUCCUGCUCGCCUCGAUCCUCACAAUCAUCGACCCGAUGUCAAGGUUGAAUCAGGGUUUUUAACACUAUACACGAGCGAAGAAUCGAGCAUGAAGUUCGGGCUCGAGAGUUGUCGGGAGCAGCUAUUGUCAGAAGUGUCAAGGCUACUAAAUAAGUACAAAGAGGAAGAAGUAAGCAUAACCAUGGCUGGGCAUAGCAUGGGGAGUGCAUUAGCUCUUCUUCUAGCAUAUGACAUAGCUGAAUUAGGGUUGAAUAGAAGAACAAACAACGAAGUGGUACCAGUUUCAGUAUUCUCAUUUGGAGGUCCAAGAGUUGGGAAUUCAGGGUUCAAGAAAAGAUGUGAAGAAUUGGGAGUAAAAGUUUUAAGAAUUGUGAAUGUGAAUGACCCCAUCACAAAGAUGCCAGGUGUUUUAUUCAAUGAGAAUUUUAGGGUUUUUGGAGGUCUCUUAAAUGGAGGAGCUAAUAAUAGCUAUGAACAUGUUGGAGUUGAAUUGGUUCUUGAUUUCUUCAACAUGCAAAACCCUUCUUGUGUUCAUGAUUUGGAGACUUAUAUAAGCCUUUUAAGAUGUCCAAAAAAACAAGAAGAUGAAGAUGAAGAUGAAGAUGAAGAUAGUGGGAGAGGAAAGAUUAUUAUUAAUAGUGGGGAGUUUAUCAACAAAGCUAUGGAGUUUUUGUGUAGUAAUGCACAAAGCUUGAACAUGUUUCCAUGGAGGAAUCCAAUGAAUUACUUGAGUCAAUCACAAAAUUAGGUCACAAAGUAAAAAGGAUAUAGAAAAACAAAAAGGGGUUUGAUAUAUAAUUUUAGGGUUUUAAAAGAGUAAAACCAAAAUUAUAUAUACAUUUAACUCUUCAACCUUUGACUUUUUUUUUCCCACUAAGCUAAGGUAGGGGGAGACAUUCAUAGAGACAAACAUAACCAAAACUUGUACAUUUUUUUUUAUCAUUUGUUUUUCUUGUUGUUAAUGGAUUAAUAACCUCAAAGAGGUUAAAUUCAUAUGUUGUAUAGAAAACAAUCCAAGGAAUUAAAUGAGUAUUGACACUGUUAUUUCUUUAA